AUGGGCUACUCUUGCAUUACUUUGGCCAUUAAGGAUGAAGUAGAGGAUCACGAGAAGGCAGGCAUCACUGUUACCCGAAUUGACGAGGCUGCAUUGAGAGAAGGCUUGCGCCUUAGGAAGUUUGAGCAUGCUUUCCACUUGGAUUGGGCCAACCACUCUUCCAGAAUAACCAAUGUUGGUGUUCAGGUCAUGACCCAGAUCCACGCCCACAUGUGCUACUCCAACUUCAAUAUUAUCACCCACUCUAUUAUUGACAUGGACACUGAUGUGAUCACCAUUGAGAACUCUCAUUCUGAUGAGAAGCUCCUUUUAGUUUUCCACAAGGGAGUGAAGUAUGGUGCUGAAAUUGACCCAGGUGUUUACGAUAUCCACUUGCCCAGAAUACCAUCAACAGAAGAAAUUGCUGACAGAAUUAACAACAUGCUUGCAGUGCUCGAAACCAACAUCUUGUGGGUUAACCCCGACUAUGGUCUCAAGACUCGUAAGUACACUGAAGUGAAGCCGGCCCGACAGAACAUGGUUGCCGUUGCCAAGCAACUCCGGACACAACUUGCCACUGACAAGUGA